GUGUCAUAUGAUCGUCAUUAACCGAAGACACUUUCGUCAGUAGGCGUUGACUCCUUGAAAAAUUCGAUUCGGUUGUAUAGGGUCGGUUAAUAAUUCGAAAAAGCUUUAUUCCGAGGAACGAGCUAAUUCUAAAGCUUCAAAAUGGCACUGAGCGAUGCAGACGUACAAAAACAGAUUAAACAUAUGAUGGCCUUCAUUGAGCAAGAGGCCAAUGAAAAGGCAGAAGAGAUUGAUGCUAAAGCAGAAGAAGAAUUUAAUAUUGAAAAAGGUCGUUUGGUUCAGCAACAGAGACUUAAAAUUAUGGAAUACUAUGAAAAGAAGGAGAAACAAGUUGAACUUCAAAAGAAAAUUCAAUCAUCCAACAUGCUGAAUCAGGCUCGAUUAAAAGUCCUGAAAGUCAGAGAAGACCAUGUACGCAGUGUACUUGAUGAAGCAAGAUUAAAAUUAGCGGAAAUAUCACGAGAUUCUUCACGUUAUGGUGGAAUUUUGGAAUUACUAAUUUUGCAAGGCUUGUGUCAGUUGACAGAAGCUCAUGCUACUGUUCGUGUACGUCAAGUAGAUCUUCCUCUAGUAGAAUCUAUUCUCAAUGCUGUACAGGAUACAUAUAAACAACUAACAAGAAAGGAUGUUUUGAUUAAAAUUGAUCAAGACAAUUUCCUUUCUCCCGACAGUUGUGGUGGUGUUGACUUAUAUGCAGGAAGAGGGCGCAUAAAGGUCAGCAAUACUUUGGAAACAAGAUUAGAAUUAAUAGCGCAACAAUUAGUACCGGAAAUACGUUCUGCUCUAUUUGGAAGCAACCCUAAUCGCAAAUUCACCGAUUAAAAAGAAUUCCUUUCUCAUUUUCUCUUUUUCCUCCGUUUCUUUCUAUAUUUUCCUUCCUAACAAAACAUUCCCUUCUUUAGAACGCUAAAAUGACUGCAGAAUUCGUUGUGUAGAAUGUAGAAUUUGUUGUUGAAAUUGUUGGAAAGAGAGGGAAGGUGAAAUUGUAAAUUAUAUAAACAUGCGCGUGCGAGCAGGCGCAGCACAUAAAUAUAUAUAUAUAUAAAUAUAUAAAUAUAAUAUACAUAUACCUAUAAAGUAUUUUAUGUGAA